AUGCGCUUGAUCAACACUGAAACUCUAGAUAUUGAAAGUUUCAUUGGCCCUGAGUUUCCAAGAUAUGCCAUUCUCUCGCACACAUGGACUGAUGACGAGCCAACCUUGGCAGACGCUCAAGCCGGCUUUCUAGCAGGACGCUCAAGUGCCGGAUGUCGAAAGGUUAGAGAUUUUUGCACACUUGCACGGCAAGAUGGCCUCUCGUACGCUUGGGCCGAUACGUGCUGCAUCGACAAGACCAGCAGCAGCGAGUUGACUGAGUCGAUCAACUCCAUGUUCCGAUGGUACACGUCGGCCGACAUCUGCUAUGUCUACCUUGCCGACCUGGAGAGCGAUGCUUCGUCAGACACCAUGGCCUCGUGCAGGUGGUUUACAAGAGGAUGGACCCUCCAAGAACUCAUCGCACCCAGUAAGCUACAGUUCUACGACAAGGAAUGGGGCUUGCGCGGUUCAAAGAUGGAUUUUGCCGAUCAGCUUCUACAGAUCACAAACAUCCCCGACGCUGUCCUUCAAGAUCGGACGUCAUUACGCAUUAUACCAGUCGGGCGAAGGAUGUCGUGGGCAGCGAAUCGCCAGACGACACGACCAGAGGAUAUGGCCUAUUGCCUGAUGGGGAUAUUCGACGAAGAGAUCAUGAAGAGCAGCAACGAUCUCAGCAUAUUCCUAUGGCAAUCAGCUCGGGGUCCAAGGUAUCGCGGUAUACUAGCAGAGGAGCCAUCAGAGUUUGUUUCCGCUUCUCGCCUCAGGGUUGGGGUUGCCGGCAUGGAUAGUCCGCAGUUCACCAUUACGAACAAGGGCGUUAAGAUCAAGGCUAGCCUCGCAGACAGCGGCCGGGGCAUCUUUGCCCUGAGUCUCAAUCACGUCGACGAAGAUUCGACGACAGAUGAGGUUUUGGGCGUCUGGCUCAAGAGACACAGGAACGGAGCGUAUGCGAGGGCCUACCCCCACGUCCUCGUUAUUGUAUCCGAGAGCGUGUUUGGAACUCCCUCCCGCAGAUAUCUCAGCAAGCACAUGUCACCAACCAUGGCUGAAGCGGUCGACUCGGCUACAGACAAUGCGUUUGUCUUUGAAGGCGACUUUCAUAGUCAGUACUAUCAGCAUCUAUCCACCACCUCUAGCGCGUGGUGGGAUCGGGACAGGAUGGCCUAUCUACGGGACAAUGGACUGCCAUUUGUGGCUUUUCACCUAUUUCGCGCAGGGUGGGAUAACUCAAGGCGUGAUAACCGCUUCGUGCUCGCAUUUGGCGUCGCUGAAGACGGGACUGCCUGGCUUUCGCUCGCAGCUGAUUCAUGGACACGGCCUUCAAAAGGUGCAGAACUGUUAGCUGCAGCAUUAAAAGGAGAUCUCAAGGCUGUCGAAGCCCUAGGGCUCGAGUUGUGGAAGGAACACAAGCAGAAGGAGAUGGAGCACAAGGAGUUAUGGGGCCACGAGCAACUCCCACAAAGCCUCACUUUUAUCAGGCGAGGCCCAACUAUGUUACCGACAGGUCUUUCUGAGCAGCCAUACACGUUGGAGGUUUAUAUUGGCAGAGGUCACCUGGACGGCCAUGACGUGUAUCUUGUGACGCUUGGUAAGAAGAUGCCACGGUAUCGUCGUAUGGUGGAGAUUGCUGCCCCUCUUGUUUUGUUUUAUCUUGUGUUCAUCCGCGUUUUAGAAACUACCUGCACUGGCUUCAUCUAG